UGGAUCCAUGUCUGGCCCUAAAUGGGCCCAUAAAAAGGGAAGCCUGCACCAAGAAAGGCAUCAGUCUGUGGCAUCUCCUCACCUGAACGAGUCAAUUAACACGAGAACAUGAAGCUGACCAUUGCCAUCAUCGCGAGCAUCCUGCUCAUCAGCUUGGCCGAUUUGGCCACUGGUUCGGAUUGUGGAUGCCCAGGUACAACAACAACCACCUGCCGGACAACAACCACCUGUCCGACAACAACAACCACUUGCAGGCCAACAACAACCACAUGCAGGCCAACAACAACAACACCUUGCACGACAACAACAACAACAACCACUUGCAAGCCAACAACAAGAAGCACCACUAGGCCCACCAGGCCCACCAGGCCCACCAGGCCCACUAGGCCCACCAGGCCCACUAGGCCCACUAGGCCCACCAGGCCCACCAGGCCCACAAGGCCCACCAGGCCCACCAGGCCCACCAGGCCCACCAGGCCCACCACCACCACCAAGAAGCCUACAUGCAGCGUAUGCGGUCCGGGUGGUUCUGCCUGCAAUGGAUGCCCCGAAAGGGAGCAUCUCUGCCAGGAGCUGAUCAACAAUGUGCGCAACAUUGAGCGCAGGAUUCGCCAGUGCGUGUGCGGAGAAAAGAAUUGGAUGCUGUAAGCUGGAAAUUCCUUCAACCCACUCCCACUCCUACUACCCGUUGUGAUCCGAUCCCUGCCUGCUCGUCCUGGACAACGAUUUUGACCCACUUAGAAGCACACCAAGCGUCCCUCAGGCUAGCGCCCUGUUGUGAUCGAUCCCUGCGUUGCUCACCGUGGACUAUGCUUCUGACCCACAAUUGUUAUACCUUCAUCCAUUCCUGUUGUUUUAAUUGACUUUUUAUAGAUAAUAAACCCGUGCGGAAUGCUGACUUUGGUCGCCUUCCAAUCAUUUCAUACUGUUGCAAAAUA